CGGAAAGGGGACUCUUAUCUCCCACAAUCCCUUGUUGUUUCUCUCUCUUCCGGUUGUCGUGCUCUUCGUGUGGCAGCAGACAGUGAUCAGAAAUGGCAAAGUCAAAGAACCACACCACACACAACCAGUCUCGCAAGUGGCACAGAAACGGCAUCAAGAAGCCGCGAACUAAUCGCUAUGAGUCCCUCAAAGGGGUGGACCCCAAGUUCCUGAGGAACAUGCGCUUUGCCAAGAAACACAACAAGAAGGGGAUGAAGACCAUUGCAAGGAAACAGGCAUCCAAAUAGAGGAGGAAAGACUGCCAGAUAGUCAACGGUGAACAGAUGUUCUCGAGAAGGACUUUAUACCAUCCACAAUAAAGCCAUGCUUUGACAAAG